UGAAACACAAUAGCCACAGCUCUCCUCUCCUCCAAUACACAUUAUUAUUCUUUGUUAAUCCUUUUACAGAAAAAUGAAGAGUAAAUGGCUCAUCAUUCUCCUCCUUAUUUUCACCACCUUCGAUGAUUCCUAUGCAAAAGAAUCAAAACCCAUCUCAGAUAUCCUUAGCAUUAGCCACUUCUUUAACCAAACUCAUCAAUGGAGCAUGACUCAGCAACCAGAAUCCCAUGACACCCAACUCAAAUUUUCAGCUCCUGUUGUUCUUGCUGGAGUCCUGUGUUUCAUAGCUGCCUCUAUAUCCAGCGCCGGUGGAGUUGGUGGUGGGGGUCUUUUCAUACCAAUCUUAACUAUAACUGCAGGCUUGGACCUCAAAACAGCCUCGAGCUUCUCAGCUUUCAUGGUCACUGGAGCCUCGAUUGCAAAUGUUAUAUUGCACUUGGCUUCAACUAUUCCCAGGCUUGGUGGGAAGACAUUGAUCGACUUUGAUAUAGCACUUUUGUCACAACCUUCUAUUUUACUUGGAGUUAGUAUUGGGGUCAUUUGUAACCUUAUGUUCCCAGAGUGGCUCAUUACUAUUCUGUUCGCCAUUUUUCUUGCUUGGUCCACCUCGAAGACCUGCAGAAAUGGGGUUGUGUGUUGGACACUGGAAACGGUAGUGAUGGAGAGACAAGGGUCGUGUGGAGAUUUGGAAAAUGGUUCCACCAAAGAUGUUAUCGAAGGACGAGAAGAGACCAAAAGUGUUAGAGAACCCCUUUUGGGUUCAGAAAGAAAUUGUGAACAUGGACUUCCAUGGAUGAAACUGGGGGUGUUGAUCUUAGUAUGGUGUUCCUUCUGUUUUCUCUAUCUUCUUCGUGGCAAUCGUUAUGGAGAGGGAAUCACACCCAUAGAACCUUGCGGAGUUGGUUACUGGACAGUGUCUUCGUUCCAAGUUCCACUAGCCGUGGUUUACACUGCCUGGAUUAUAUGGAAGAGAAAGAGCUCUCAACAUCAAAACUUGAAUCAGAAGGACAUCAAAGACAGCCUGACUCAAGUUGAGCAGUCAAAAAAAUUCCUUUUCCCAUUGAUGGCACUAUUAGCAGGGAUGUUGGGUGGUGUCUUUGGGAUUGGAGGUGGAAUGCUAAUAAGUCCCCUUCUUAUACAAGUCGGAAUAGCACCCGAGGUAACAGCAGCAACCUGUUCUUUCAUGGUUUUCUUCUCAUCUUCCAUGUCAGCCUUUCAGUAUUUGAUGUUGGGCAUGGAACACACAGACGUUGCUCUUAUCUUCUCCUGCGUCUGUUUUGUUGCGUCGCUCCUCGGGUUGGUAGUGGUUCAGAAGGCUAUUCAACAGUAUGGAAGAGCAUCUCUCAUUGUUUUCUCAGUUGGUAUUGUAAUGACUCUGAGUACGGUUUUGAUGACAACUUUCGGGGCUCUUGAUGUUUGGAGAAGCUAUACCUCUGGGGAGUACAUGGGCUUCAAACCACCCUGCUAGAAAUAGCUUUUGUAGUUAGGCUCUUUACUAGAUGCUUACGCAUCAA